AUGACUUGGCAUUCUAAAUGGCGUGAAAAUGAUCAUCUUUUACAUCAUCCAGUUGAUGGUCAAGCUUGGAAGGAAUUUGAUUCUUUAUAUCCAAAGUUUGCUGAUGACCCCCGCAAUGCGAGGCUUGGGUUAGCCACAGAUGGAUUUAGCCUGUUCAACUCAAUGAGCAUUGUCCAUACCAUUAUCAAGGACUUGAAGGAUUUGUGGGAGUUUAGGUUGGAAACUUAUGAUGCUUCAACUAAUCAAAGGUUUGAUAUGCAUGUAUCAUUCAUGACUACCAUGAGUGAUUUUCCGGGUUAUGUAAUGUUAUCUGGGUGGAGCACAAAAGGAUACUUGGCAUGCCCUGAAUGUCAUUAUGAAACAGAUUCUGAGUGGUUACCUUGUAGUGGUAAGAAUGUGUAUAGGGAAAAUCGUAAAUUUUUGGAUCCAUCUCACCCUUGGCGUCAUGAUAAGAGGAAUUUUGACGGAAAACUUAAGGAAAGAAGUCAACCUAUUCCAUUGAAUGGAAUUUAUAUUGAGAAUAUGUUGAGUGAUUUUUCAAAUGCAUUUGGAAAGAAGCAAAAGAAACCAAGGCGUGAUGUGGAUGAUCCGAAUCCGUGGAGAAAGAUACCCAUAUUUUUUGAUGAGUUGCCAUAUUGGAAGCAUUGCUCUAAUAUCCAUAAUCUUGAUGUAAUGCAUAUUGAGAAAAAUGUCUUUGCGACAUUAUUAGACAUUUCUUGGAAGACUAAGGAUAAUUUGAGUGGUCGUCGAGAUUUGGUAGAACUUAAUUUGAUGCUAGAGCUUCAACCAAUAGAAUUGGAAGAUGGUAGUGAAGAAUUUCAAAGAUCUCGCUUUUGGAUGUCAUUGGAGCAAAAGCGUAAGUUCUGGCAGGUUAUAAAAAAUGCUAAGCUUCCUCAAGGUUAUGCUUCCAACCUUAGUCGUUGUGUGCAAGUUGGAGAAAGGAAAAUAGCAGGCCACAAAAGCCAUGAUGCUCAUUUUAUAAUGAAUUAUCUUCUUCCAAUUACUGUGAAGACAACAUUACCCCAAGAUGUUGCUAGUCCUUUGAUAAGACUUUGUGCUUUUUUCAAAGGUAUAUGGAGUAAAACUAUUGAUCCUCGAGAUCUUGGAAAAUUGCAAUAUGAUGUAGUUGAAACUCUAUGCCUACUUGAGAGGACUUCUCCACCUGCUUUUUUUUUUUAUAUAAUGGAACAUUUACCCAUACACUUGGUAGACCAAAUUAAGUUGGGUGGACCUGUGAGUUCAAGGUGUAUGUAUGGAAUUGAGAGGAAUCUUCAUGAAAUGAAACAAGAUGUUCGAAACAAGGCUCGCCCAGAAGGCUUAAUGGCAAAAGGAUACCAAGCUAAAACAUGUGUUGCUUUCAUAGCUAGAUUUUUGAAACGAUAA